AUGCGGCGGGUACCACUGCCAUCAGCGACAGGCAGCGAGGCACGGGCAGCCCAGAAGCAGUGCAAGAAAUCCUCCUUCGCCUUCUACCAGGCAGUGAGGGACCUGCUGCCCGUCUGGUUCCUGGAGGACAUGCGGACCAUGGAGGUCUUCCACUGGGAGGACGGGGGCAAGGUGAGCGUGUACUCACCCUCGGAGGCCCUGCUCUACGCGCUGGUGCAUGACCACCAGCCCUACUCCCAGCACCUGCUGACUAAGUUCCCCCAGAGCGCCCUGGCCGUGCCCAGCCAAACCUUCAUGCGACCCGAGUGCUUGCUCCUGCUGCUCGGGCACGGCGCAUCGCCCUGCUUGCAGGACAGUGCCGGGAAUACCCCCCUCGACACCUUGCUGCAGCAGAUUUCCCACACGCCGGCAGUUAACACGCGUGCCAAGCUCCUCUGCCUCGACUGCCUCUUCUUCUUUGUGCCUCAGGACCUCCAGUUCUCAAUGAAGCAGCAACUGUUGGACAACCGGCAGCGGUGGCAGGACCUCCUGGGGGAGAACAGGUUGCAGUGCCUGCUGGGCUUAGCUCCCCCGUCACUGUUUGUCGGAGCCAUGCGUGUCUUGAUCAGGACCAUUUCACCUGAGCAUUUCCCAGAGGCUCUGGACAAUCUGCCUCUGCCUCAGUUUCUAAAGCCUUUGGACUUGAAACUGGAGAGCUAGAGAGGUGGUAUGAGAGUCUCCUGCUCACCUGACAGAAAUAGACUGUUGUGCUAAAAAUGUAUUGGUAUACAAAGCUGCUCAUGCGGCAGCCAAGUAUCCAUUUUAAUUAGAACUGUAUUUUUUAAAAGAAUUGUAUCUGGCACUUUACAAUAUAUUUUAUUUAAAGAUCCUUGUGGUGAGGUGGUCUGCACUGCAUUUUAUAAAAACAUUCUAUGGCAUGUACAAAUGAGGGUAUGUGGGAGAAUAUAUUUGUAAAUACAUCUGAAUAAACCAGUGGCAGAUGUGAUCAAAAU